AUGGAGAAAUUAAACCAGGCUGUAUCCGGCGCCCUCGCCCAUAAUUCAAUCCGAAUUCUAGUACCAGCCGAAAACUUGAACGGUAAAGACUAUCUAGCCUCAACUGGCGAAAUAAUCGCCAGCUUCGUCGAUUUUUGGAAAGAAAAUGCGAGUGUGCGGAUUUUAGCGGUGAAGAAUGACGGGUACGAUUAUGACAACACCCACAUCCAAGUGGUUGUCAUACUGUCUACCUACUCUGACUGUCUAGAAAAUGCCAUAACUAGACAACCUUUCGACAUCAACCCCAUGACUCGUUACUAG